AUGUCAGAUGACUAUUGGGUAGAGAAUUAAGAUAAGUACAUUUACAUAACUAUUGGAUUGUGUUUAGCUGACUUGAUUACAUUGAUAUAACACAUUCUAGCUUUAUAUGCUAUCAUGAAUAAGAAACAAAAGUUAACAAUGGUGUGUGCAAUGCUAUCUUUUAAAUCAAGUUUUCUAAGAACAACUAUGUUCUAUUUUAUGAUUACCAAAACCGAGAUGAAUUUUUACAAAUUUUCUACAUUAGCUACUAUUUUUACUUGUAUAUAAUUAGGAUUUGCAAUUUUGAUUGUUGAGUUAAGAAAUCAAUGGAAUCCAAUCCCUUCAAGAAAAUGGAAGAAGCUCUUUAGAUUAAUAAGAUCAAAAAUUCCAAAAAUUAAAGAGAAUGAAAUGUAAAAAGUCUGA